AGCGGCAAUACAGAGUUCGAAUCUCACUCGAACAGUCUCUAGAGAGAGAGAGAGAGGGGUUUCUUCUUCGGCGGCCAUGGAGUAAAAUUGAAGCUUGAAUCCGUCAAAAAACCAAAACUGUAGCAAAAUCGGAGAUGCAUUUGAGACCCUCCGAUGGAAAGGGAGGCUAAUCUUCCUCCGGAUAAACCUCCGAAGAGUCUCGUCCGCCCCACCUUCCACCAGGAAUCAUCAUCAUCAUCGUCUUCUUCCUCCUCCUCCUCCUCACCAGAACUCCUACGCCAUCUUCAAGCCGCUUUCAAACGCCAUCGUCCUCUCAGUAAAAUGCAGACGACCUCUAUAGGGCCUCGGAGAUGUAUUGGUCCGCAACGACAGCCUGCAAGGAGUUCUACAGCUGAAGGGCAGAGACCUCAAGAUGUUGUUUCGUUGAGUCAGAGUCUUGCUGCCAAUACUUUGGCACAGGAUACAAGAAACUUAGCCUCUUCUGUUAAUAGAGAAACUAACGAGAAUGCUUCCUUUACGACGUCUUCAAUGUCGGGAGCUACUGUAAUGGACACGAACUUUAAUCCAUCAGACAGGGGGCAGAUGGAUUUGCGAAAAGCUGUUGUUACUAGUUUAGAAAGCAAUCUGGAUAUAGGAUCUCGUAACGAAAAUGUUAACAGAAAGGUUCAGUCUCUCGUUGGCAGCACUCUCACAUCUCAUGAUAUGGAAUGGGAUGCAACAAAUCAGGCUGAAGCAUCCAAUGCUGGUGCUUGUACUAGAUCAAAGUAUCAGAAUGUCCAGUCUGUUGAUUCCGAGGCCAGUUUAAAAUCUGAAUACAAGGUUUCAUCUUCGUUGCCAAAGAUGCAAGGACAGCUAGGAGACUUUCGCAACUUCUUGAAUCAACCUGCAUCUCAAUAUUCUGCCAUGGGGUCAUCAUGUGCCACAACUACAUUAAUUCAUUCCUCUUCAGCUCCUAUGUUAAAUGCGACUACCCAAGUCUCUCGUUGUUAUGUUGAGUCUGAUCCAAAUGCAAAUUCCCAUGCUGUUUCAAGUCAAGGGAAUGUGCCUUCUUCUCGUCCUUCUUCCAAGGAUAGCAAUAUUCUACAUGCCAAUAAAGAUGCCCUUUUAUCUGAGAUGCCAGCAUCAGCUAUUGAUCCAGAAGUAAGAGUCAAAGAGACAGGUAUGUCUAAGCAGCAACAGUGCACUACUACAGAGCUUGAAGCUCCAGUAGUAUCUUCCACUCAUGGGAGUGACGGAACAGCUAAGGCUCCUCUACCCGAUGACUUGCUAACCAGUGUUAGCUCACAGCCGCAAAAACCAGAUAAGCAUGAAAAGGUAGCAAGUAGCAAAGGGACAUCAGCUCCUCGAAAAAAAAAUUAUGAUCCGGACUUGUUCUUUAAAGUCAAUGGUAAACUCUAUCAGAGGCUUGGCAAGAUAGGAAGUGGAGGAAGUAGUGAAGUCCACAAGGUUAUUUCUUCAGACUGUACCAUAUAUGCGCUCAAGAAAAUCAAGCUCAAGGGUCGUGACUAUGCUACGGCAUAUGGAUUUUGCCAGGAAAUUGGGUAUCUAAAGAAGCUUAAAGGGAAAACCAACAUCAUUCAGCUAAUAGACUACGAGGUUACAGAUAAGUGUUUACUCCAGGAGGUUUUGAAUGGCACAAUGAGUAACAAAGAUGCAAGAGUUAAGGACGAUGGAUUUAUAUACAUGGUACUAGAAUAUGGAGAAAUCGAUCUGGCUCACAUGUUGUCUCAAAAAUGGAAGGAAAUCGAAGGAUCUGACCGGACAAUUGAUGAAAAUUGGCUUCGGUUCUACUGGCAGCAAAUACUUCAAGCUGUGAACACCAUACAUGAAGAACGCAUUGUGCACUCUGAUUUGAAACCCGCAAAUUUCCUUCUUGUCAGAGGCUUCUUAAAGCUUAUCGAUUUUGGUAUAGCUAAGGCAAUUAACAGCGACACCACAAAUAUUCAACGAGAUUCACAGGUGGGAACGUUGAGCUACAUGUCACCAGAAGCAUUCAUGUGCAACGAGAGCGAUGAAAAUGGAAACACAAUAAAAUGUGGAAGGCCAUCAGAUAUUUGGUCACUCGGUUGCAUACUAUACCAAAUGGUAUACGGAAGAACACCAUUUGCAGAUUACAAAACCUUCUGGGCAAAGUUCAAAGUCAUAACAGAUCCAAACCAUGAGAUCACUUACCAUCAACUCUCUAACCCGUGGCUUGUGGACCUGAUGAAGAAAUGUCUAGCUUGGGACCGUAACCAAAGAUGGAGAAUCCCUGAGCUUCUCCAGCAUCCUUUCCUUGCCCCUCCUAUCCCACCCGAGCCACGACUAAGCAACAGUAUUCAACUUCUCAGUCACAUAGCUACAUCUUUUGGUAGUGAUGACAGGGUUUCAGAGCUUUGUGCUCAACUCCAGGAUCGGUUACGAGUUCUUGAAGGUGAUUGA